AUGGAAAGAAAACGCCUGAAGAAAGAGGUUGAAAAACUCCUGGGAGAUUAUGUUGGCAUCAGACUACAAGAAAAUGAGUUUGAUCCAAGAGGACAAAGGCAGCCCACUUUUCUAGAUGACAUGGUCCAUUACAGCUUAGCCUUCAGCAUUGCUUUGCUGUGGCUACGUGACUUGAAUGUUCAGACUGCACUGACAAGAGAGAAAAUAACACCAUACAGGAAUUUUGCGGCUCACAACCGAUACACAUAUCCCAACCGAAUUGAGAGAGAAGCUAUGAUAUUAUCUUCAUAUGCUGGAAUAUUGAUGAACAGCAUUCCUGUUGAAGAGAUCUUUGAGAUUUACAGGCCCUCAGAAACACGCUGUCAGAGAUCUGCAAAGAACCACUGGAUUCAACCCUUCAAGCUUUCCCUGCAUCCAUUUGCCAUGCUGACUGCCCCUGAAGCUGCACAGUUCACCCGGAAGCAAAGCAUCAAGUUCCGGACAGCAGCAGCAAAUCAAAAGACCAACCCUGGUUCAAAGAGAGCUAAGAAGGACAGCAAGAAACUGGACUCACUGACCAAAGGAAAGCAACAGGUUGACAAAGUAGGUCUGAAGAAUUCACGUGAGCCAGUGAAACUAUUUUUGCAACACUACCGCUGA